CCCGCGGCAAGAUGGCUACCUGAAGGAAGGUCCCCGGCGGAAACUUGAAGACCCAGGGGCCCCAGGGACUGGAAGAAAUCACAUUGCCUGCUUGGAAAGAAGAGGUAGCAACUUGCCCCAGCCCAACCCCAGAGCGGCUCGGAGUUGAGCUGCUCACACACCAAGCUGUCUGUUUAUAUGGAGUUCCUGGAGGGCGUCUGCCAUGAGUCUGUUGCUAACACCACUAACCAGGAAGGCUGGCUGGCUGGGAGAAGACACUAACCCUGAGCUCUUGGCUAGAGGAAGUGGAGGGGCCGUGGGAUGUGGAGAGCCAAAGGCUAACCCCAGGAGAGCAGAGCACAGAGAGCUGCCAGCGAACAGACCAACAGACGCAGGUAGACGAGCUCACACCCUCCAGGAUGACCAGUGCUGCCCCUGCUAAGAAACCUUACCGUAAGGCACCUCCAGAGCAUCGAGAACUGCGCCUGGAAAUCCCUGUGUCCCGGCUCGAGCAAGAGGAGUCCCUGACCGAUGCAGAGAGGAUGAAACUUUUGCAGCAGGAGAAUGAAGAACUUCGCAGACGCCUGGCCUCGGCCACCAGACGCACUGAGGCCUUGGAGCGGGAGCUUGAAAUAGGGCAAGACUGCCUGGAACUGGAGUUAGGACAGAGCCGCGAGGAGCUGGACAAGUUUAAGGACAAAUUCCGCAGGCUGCAGAACAGCUACACAGCGUCCCAGCGGACCAACCAGGAGCUGGAGGACAAGCUGCACGCACUGGCCUCUCUUAGCCACAGCUGGAUUUUUGCAAUCAAGAAGGCUGAGAUGGACAGGAAGACUCUGGACUGGGAGAUUGUGGAGCUGACCAAUAAGCUACUGGAUGCCAGGAACACCAUCAAUAAACUGGAAGAGCUCAAUGAGCGGUACCGGCUGGACUGCAACUUGGCUGUGCAGCUCCUCAAGUGCAAUAAGUCCCACUUCCGGAACCACAAGUUUGCUGAUCUACCCUGUGAGCUACAGGACAUGGUUCGGAAACAUCUGCGCAGCGCUCAGGAGGUUGCCAGCCCCGGGCCCAGCCCCAGCCCCAGCCCCAGCCCUUCUUCCAGCCUGGCCCCAGGGGCUGUGGUACCUACCUCAGUCAUUGCCCGGGUCUUAGAGAAACCUGAGUCUCUCCUGCUCAAUUCAGCCCAGUCGAGCAGUGCUGGACGCCCCUUAGCUGAGGACGUCUUUGUGCAUGUGGACAUGAGUGGGGGUGACCCAGCCAGCCCGCCUGCCCCAGGCAGUCCCUCUCCACAACCCAAUGGGGAGUGCUGCUCAGUGAGUACUGCAGGGGGCUCCCCAGAGGAGGAACUGCCCCUGCCAGCCUUUGACAAGUUGAGUCCCUACCCUACCCCAUCUCCACCACACCCACUGUACCCUGGUAGGAAGGUGAUAGAGUUCUCUGAGGACAAGAUCCGAAUUCCUCGGAACAGCCCCCUCCCCAACUGUACCUAUGCCACUCGGCAGGCCAUCUCCUUGAGCCUGGUGGAGGACGGCAGUGAGCGGGCCCACCGCAGCCCAGUGCCUAGCAGUCCUGUCUCAGCCCAAGGUUCACCCCAUCACCAGCCUAGUCCAGCUCCCUCAGCACUGAGUGCCCCAGCUAGCUCUGCCAGCUCUGAGGAGGACCUGUUGGCCAGCUGGCAGCGUGCAUUUGUGGACCGCACCCCGCCCCCUGCUGCUGUGGUCCAGCGCACAGCCUUUGGACGAGACACACUGCCGGAGCUGCAGCUGCAUUUCUCCCCAGGCCACUCUACAGCCCCAGCACCUUCCCCACACCCACACCCACACCGUGAGCGUGGACUUGUGCUGCCAACAGAACCUGACUCUGGCUUUCCUCAAGAAGAGGAAGAGGAGAUGCUGAACCUGCCUGUCAGCCCCGAGGAAGAGCGCCAGAGCCUGCUGCCUGAGACAGAGGAUACAGAGGAGGGGCCUAGCCCUUCCCACACUGAUGGCAGGGCCUGGCCUCUCCCCAGUUCCAGCCGCCCCCAGCGUAGCCCCAAAAGAAUGGGAGUACACCACCUGCACCGCAAGGACAGCCUAACGCAGGCCCAGGAGCAGGGCACCCUGCUCAGCUAGGCCUGCCUGCCUUCUGCCACCACCUCUGGGCUGCAUAGGACCUCAGACUUCCUUCAGACCUGGGCAGCUCUGUGAGUGGCCCAUAGCAUAUCUUGGAGCUGCGUUUGCACUGACUGGUGCCGGCUUGCCUCGUGAUUUUUUUCUCUUUUCCUUUGGAAUAUUUAUUCUCCAAGGGUAACAAGUCAUUUAAUUCUCAAGCUUUCCUCCAGUCAGUCAGCCCACUGUUGCCAUGGAAGUGACAGGCAGCUUGGCAGUUUUCAUUCCCAUCUCCUCUCGUACCUGAGCUCUGGUUGUUAGGGAGGGUACCGUUGGUGCUGCUGGCCCCAGAGACAAGCGUGGACUCACUCAGGGCUCCCCUUGGCUGUUCCCACCCUCUCUUCUAGAGGGAGGGCGUGACUUCAGGGGCCUCAAGACUCUAGGUGAGGCCUGGCCCCCUCUUAACCUUGGCUCUAGACUGUUACUCCCAGAUUUGGGAAGUUUUCACAUAAUAAUGACUAUUUUAAAAUAAAAUAAAACUUAUUUUAUAGGUAAGGCUUAAUUUGCCUUUCUCCUCAGUUU